AUGUCCAAAAUCCCAAUCAUGCUACAUUUUAAUGGCAAUUGGGAUAGCUAUGGCAGAUUUAGAGAUUUUCAAGUUGAUGGCAUUGUACUCGAUGAGGAUGCAAGUUACAGUAUGUUGAUUUCUACAAUUGCAGAGCAAUUAAUGAUUGAUACUUCGGAAAAAAUUGUAGAAAUCAAAUAUAUUGUGAAUGAGAAUUGUCCUCCAAUGGAGAUUAGGAACAAUAUGGGGAUAAGUGUGUAUAUGGAGACAAAAAAGGAGAAUAAAAACUUAGGAUCGUAUCCGUUACUCAUAAGUGUACGAGAUUUCAAUAUGGAAUUGGCUAUUACAAAUGAGAACACAAGUGCAGGUUCGUCUGGGACAAUACAGUUACUUGAUAUGCCAGCCUCUCCCAUCAUAGAGGAAUAUAAAAGUAAAAUUAUAACUGAAGGUACACAAAGUGUUAUCGAAGAAGGACAAGUAUAUCAAGACAAACAAACAAUUGCAACUGCAAUGAGGAACUCUUCUGUCAUGCACAAGUUCCAAUUCAGGGUUAAAAGAUCUAGCAACAGAAGGUAUGAAGAUAUUAAUGGUGAAAAGAUCAUUAUAAACAAAAACUGUAAUUGGCACUUCAAGGCAACAUCAAUUAAUAAUUCUGCAAUGUUCAAGAUCAGGAGUUUCAACCGACAACACACAUGCAGCUUAAUGGACGAUACAUUCAUACAGCGCAAACGAGCUGCAGUUGUAGUUGGUAGCAUGGUCAUGCCAAAGUAUUGUGAUCCUAAGACAGUUUACACACCAAAGGACAUACAAACUGACAUGUUGUCACAACACGGAGUGAACUUAAGCUACAUGCAAGCAUUGAGGGCAAAGGAAAAGGCUUUACAGUUAUUGAGAGUUGUUAAAUUGAAGAAGACAACAGAUGAAUGCUUCUUAUAUGCAUUUGUUGCUCUUUCUACAUCAAUAAGUGGUUGGAAAUAUUGUAGACCAGUAGUAGUGGUUGAUGGGACAUUCUUAAAGACAGCCUACAUGGGGAUUAUUCUGACAGCAAGCACAAUGGAUGUAACAGGUACAAUAUUGCCUUUGGCAUAUUCUGUGGUUGAUUCGGAAAACAACGCAUCGUGA